CUGGUCAGGUGGUCCAUACCUCGUAGGAUCAGAAUGUACAAUAGCUUGUGCUUGCUUCUGUGAAUAGGGCUGUGGUUACCUCAAUUCUGCUUGCCAAUAUUUGGCCUUUUCUUAUUUUGACCUCUCCUGGUCAUUUUGAGUUAGCACCUCUAGUAAUCAACGCUUAAUGCAGGUUAGGGACCCCUUCACACAGCACUGGAGAUAAUGUGACCAACCUGUCUGUCCACAUUAAAUCCUUAAACCAGGUCUGAAAUACCAUCUCCAAUGAGCAAAGCAGGUAGUGGUUUUGGGCAAGUCUACAUGCCAAGAGAUGGGAAACAGGUGGUAGAGGUGCAGCACUUGUGGUUCUGUGGGUCAAUGGAUGGAGACAUCCAUUUGUUUUACACUGUUUUCAGUAGAGACCCAGCUUGCUUUCUGACGCCCGUAACUUUGGUAUCUUCCCACAAAGUCACAUGAACGGGUGUGUGGUUAAGAUGGCAGUUACUUGCUCACUUAAUCUUCCACUGCUUUGCCAGUCUGCUCAUAAUGACUGCAGCCUGAGGCAGGCGGGUAACACCCACAGAGAGCCAGUGGUCUCGCCUCCCGAAUCUGCUGGCUCACCUUGCCUCAUGGGGGAGCCUCCCCUGCACAAUCUACAAUACAAAAACCAACUUGACCUUAAUUUGGCAAAUUAGGGUUAGGCUGCACAUUGGUACUGUAUGUGGCGCUGCCGUUCUGGAAGAUCUGCCCAUUAUAUCCUUACAAUAUUUAGCACCUCAUUUAAAGAAAGUGAAAUAUUGUAGCAUAAAGGAAACACUGACUUUCCUACAGCAGGGAACAAAUCAACAUGUCGUGGAGAGAGUGGCCAUUUUUACUGUUAACGCCUUAGCUUUAAGAGAAAACUAUGUGGGGUCCAUUGGGGUUAAUUGUCAUAGAGAUUCUGAAUGCUGAGGAAGAUUUUAAAUGGGAAUGCUUAAGUACUGUCAUUCUUAUUUAAAAUUACUGUCUAUUUUAAAAAAAACAUCUUUACUGUUCUAGAAUCAAUGUAUUUGCUGUUAACAUUUUGUUUUAAUCUUUUUUAUUUUGUAUGAUUGUUAUUUUUAAUAGGGGUUUUAAAAAUUUUUAAAAGCUUUUGCUAUUUUUAAUGGGUUUUUAAAAAUGGUUUUGCUAUGGUCAGAUGAUUAAUCAAUAAACUUAAUUCAUAUUGGUACUCCCAUGUCAGUUGUGUCAAAUUAAUUUUUGUACCUCUAUUGCCCCAGAAGUCAGUAAUAAUUCACAAUUUUUAGUGAUGUAGCUUAUGGACAAGAUGCAUCACAGGGUAAUGAGAGAGUCUAAUCGGGCAUUUUGGACAAGUUUUGCAAAAAGACAAUGGCAAGACUACCUCAGGAAAUUUUUAACUACUCAGAGUUAUUUGCAAUUCUGGCAAGUGCAUGUUUAUUACUCAGUUAACAUUCAGUGGUAACUCACAUGUUUGUGAAAUUGCUGUUGCCAGUCACACAUAAUAGAGUUUUCACACUCUGUCCUGCCUUGUGUUUUUGAAAAGAGAAUUCAUAUCAACAGAGUUCAUAUGCUGGUCAAGUGACAAAUAGCUGAAUGAAGUCGGUGUGGUCUUGCCUUGGGCUUACAGAGAAGUACACAGGUGAGGCUUUGCCACUUGUCAGUGUGCGUGGAACAGAUAGCAGACUUAAAUAUUCAAGACUCUGUGCAUCCAUUUCAACCAGAUCAAAAUUCAUGGCAAAAAGGCGUGUCCCACAUUUGAGCCCAUAGUCAGCUGCUGCAGAAAUUAUUUUUAAAAGUAUCUGUUCUUUAGGGAGGAACCAUAUUCAGAUAGUUGUUUUCUUUAAACCUCACCCCCCACACCCCUUAAAACACUACAAUAUUUAACAGAAGAAUAACAGAAAAGUAGAAUAGCCAAUCAAAGCUCUGGCUACAAAGAAACACUGAUGUGUAUUGAGAGAAAGAGAGAGAGAGAGAAACUCAUUCAGUAUGUUUGCCAAGAAAUCUCCUCCAAUAGGCUUUCAGCAUCUCCCUGUUUUCACUUUCAUUUCCUCUGCUCUGUGGAGCGAAAGCCCUUACAGGAAACUCACAUACAUCACAACAGCAGCAGAAAGAACUCUUGACUCACACAGGGAAAGAAAGUUUUCAGCUUCGUUGGAAGCCAUGGCUUCUGGUGGGAGACCUUCAGACAUUAUACAGAAGGCCAGAAGGAAGUUAACGGAAGCGCUUUCUGAGAUAGACUCAGAAUUGAUCUUGGAUGCAGCCGAGUCCCACUUGCUCCUCAUCCAGGGCGAGUAUUUCUCCCUGAGUCAGAUAAAGAAUCCACAAGAAUUUGUGGGAAGCCUGAUCGACACAAUAUUGGGGAAAGGGGGAUCAACACAUGAACGAUUCCUGGAUUGCCUGGAAAACCUGAGGUACAUAUUCCCAAGGCUCCGGGCAAUUUCUGAAUAUGUAGAAAAUGGUCCCUUAAAUCUCAGGAAUGAACCUCAAACCCAAAGCACUGUUGUGUUCUUAGAGAACAGAAAUGGAGCUGAGAGUUUGCAGGCUGCUUUGUUCCCGGAGAAAGGAAAUGAGGUUGUGAAUUUGAAGCCUUCAGGGUCAGAGACAGGAAAGGAAGUUGAAAAUCCAGGCAUUCUUCUAGGGGCUGGAAGCAGAGCUGAAGACCCAAGUAUUAGUGGAGUUGCUAAUUUGGCCUCCCCGGAUGCUGGGAAUACAACUGGGAAACAAGGCACUGUUGUGCACCCAGACAAAGGUGGCAGAGUUGAGAACCUGGAAAUUCCUGUGUCUCUGGAGAUGGGAAACAAGGCUGAAAGCCCAAAUGUCCCUCCAUCCUGUAGAAAAGGAAGGGGAACUAAGAUCCAGAACACCACCGGAUCCUCAGUGAAAGGACAAAAAGCCAAGGCUCUGAACGUCUCUGGGUCCAAGGAAAAAGGAAGCAGAACAAAGAUCUUUGAUAAUUCCGGGAGACGAAGCAGAAGCGGACCCUCAGUGAGAAGAGAGAUUUCUGAGAAUUCAAAUACGGCCAAAAAGCAGUCCAAAGCCACAGAAGAUCUCGCCAGGAUGCAGGCCAUGAGAAAUACACCUGGGCCAACAUCAACUGGGGAAGGAGUCCGUCGAAGGAACACAAAAGAGGGUCUGAACAGCGAUGUUUCAUUGAGAGAAUCCAUCAAAGGCUCAGUGGAUUCAGUGGUGACAUCUGGUGAUGAAACAAUACGCAAGAAGAGAAAGCAAUUGACUGAAGUCCUUCAGAAGGACCUAGAGCUCACUUUAGAUGACCUACUCUCCCAGUCUGUCAUCACAGAGGAAGAAUAUGAAGACCUGGACAAAAUGGAGGAGGAUCCCAAGAAGAAAAUUCGGAAGCUGCUGCUGCUAAUACAAAAAAAGGGGGAAAGAGCCUGUUGCCAGUUCCUGGAAUGUGUAGAAAUGGCAUAUCCAGGUUCAGAUCAAAUUCUGCAGUGCUCAGUACAUGAUCCUCCAAGUAAGGAUCCAGAAGAUGAAGUUGAGGAAGAACCAGAGCAAGAGGAGAAAUACCCUGCCAAAGAGAGAAGAAAAGCACUUCGGGACAUUCUCAAUAAAUUAAAAUUGCGAAAACAAAAAAGCAAGAAACUUAGCCUGGGAGAAAUUCUGGAAAUCAGUUCAGGAUGUCUGAAGGAUAGCACCCCUCAUACACUAGGGGACUUGCCUUGGCAUUUUCUGAGGAAGGUGCUGGCUUUGAAUGUGACGGCCAGAAGCACACGUUUUGAACAUGCUGUACUGGACACCCAAGGAACUGGUAUAACGGAGAGGGGGAAGGGAAUUGAUGAGAUAAUUUUCUUCACUAUUGAAAUGGAUAAUGAAGUUUCUGUGAAUCCUCUUGAUGUCCUUUGUGCUGUUCUGCUUUGUUCAGAUAGUUUCCUCCAACAGGAGAUCUUCUCCAAAAUGUCCAUGUGCCAGUUUGCGUUGCCUUUGCUUCUGCCUCCCUUGGAGACUCCCAAGUGCACCCUGAUGCUCUGGGCCAUGAGAGACAUUGUGAGAAAAUGGAGGCCCCAUUCCCUGGCUGAAAGCAGAAGCUUCAGAGAGGAGAGCCUGGUUAUGACCUCCAUGCACACCAUUUCCUUCGUACGGGUGGGGAGCUGCAGCCUCUCCAAGUCCAAACUCCUCAAUGAAUUUCUCAGCCCUUCUCAACAGCACCACGAUUUCUUCAUCCAUCGAGACAUGGAGAGUGGGAACAUCCCUCGAGAAAUUUCUGAUGGGCUGGUAGAGAUGGCCUGGUAUUUCCCAGGGGGGCAGAAGAGCUUAGAUCAUUUCCCUGAGCCAGUCGCAGUUGCAAAUCUCCGUGGAGAUGUUGAGUCACACUGGGUGCAAUUUAGCUUUCUAACGCAGGUCUCCUCAGCCACAUUUAUAUUUGCUGAGUCUAUCAGUGAAAGAGAAUAUGCCCUCUUGUCAUCUUUGAAGGAAUCAACACAAUACUACUUUAUCCUUGACUGUCAUGGUAGAAAAUCCAAUGAAAGUUUGGAUUUUUUAAAGAAAUUGUCUCCUGUGCUUAAAUUUGACAGUUCACAUAUACUAGUGAAAGGUGACAGGACCAAUACAGCACAGUUCGUAGAAUUGCUACGAUCUACAGUUGGAAGAAUAAUCAACUCUUGUCCCAAAAGUGUGAAUGUUGAUAAGAUGUCUGCUGUGGCUCAAGAGCUUACAAUCCAGGUGGAUGAAGACUGCAAAGAAUGUCAGAAUGCUCUCAAAUGUGCUUCAGAAAUUACAGAAGAUAUAAAAGAUGUAGCCAAUUACAAGGAAGAAACACUGAAACUCCAGGGCAAACUCUGGAAAAAUCUGGCAAAAGUAGAGAAAGAACUGUGUAGAAUGGAAUGUCAAGGUGAUACACCUUCAGAAAAAUACAGAUCAGAACUGAAAGGCAAGUGGUUGGCCCUGCGUAAAGAUCAGCAUGAAUGCGAUCUCACCAUUGGUUUAAUUAAUUUCAUUGACAGCAUCAAACAUUUGAAGUCGACAGAGAGGCACUACUUCUUGAAAUGGAUGAAGUUUAACCUGGAUCAAAUUGCUAGGGAGAAUCUGUCCAAAUUAAGGGGUGAAUACAAAGAGAGGUGCAUGGCUGUAGGAGGCAACAGCCAGAAGAUCACAGAGCUGGAUGAGCUAAUAUCUUCCUCAUCCCUGGGAGUCGAGCACUUCAUGCGUGAGCUGGGGCAGUUCUAUGAGGCAGAAUAUUCAAUGGUUAAAGAGGGCAAAAUAUCAAAAACCAAGAGGCAGUUUGUCAGUUUCCCAAGCAUCGCAGCUGACCUGAUGCUGGAAGGGUUUCCUCUAGAGCUGAUUGAUGGAGAUGCAUCCAACAUCCCCUUGCAGUGGAUAACUGAUGUUUUUACUAAACUCAAUCACAAACUAAGAGGUCAAUCCAAAAUGAUGGUGAUCACUGUGCUGGGCGUGCAGAGCACUGGGAAGUCCACCCUCCUCAACACCAUGUUUGGGCUGCAGUUUGCCGUCAGCAGUGGUCGAUGUACACGAGGUGCCUUCAUGACUCUUCUUAAUGUCAGAGAAAACAUGACUCAGGAGCUUGGCUGUGAUUUCAUCCUGGUGAUAGACACUGAAGGCUUGAAAGCCCCUGAAUUAGCCCAAUUAGAAGACAGCUACCAACAUGACAAUGAGUUGGCCACUCUAGUGAUUGGGCUGAGUGACAUCACAAUAGUGAACAUGGCCAUGGAGAAUGCCACUGAAAUGAAGGACAUCUUGCAAAUUGUGACCCAUGCCUUCCUCAGGAUGGAGAAGAUUGGGCAAAGAACCAACUGCCACUUUGUUCAUCAGAAUGUCAGUGAUGUCUCUGCUCAUGACCAAAACAUGAGAGAUAGGAAACAUCUUUUGGAACAGCUUAAUGAAAUGACUAGGGCUGCAGCAAAAAUGGAGAACAUGGACAGAGAUAUCAAGUUUUCGGACAUCAUGGACUAUGACCCAGAAAUGAACAACUGGUACAUUCCAGGUCUGUGGCAUGGAGUCCCACCCAUGGCCCCAGUCAACAGGGGCUACAGUGAGAAGGUCUUUGAGCUAAAGAAAUAUCUUUUCGAAUUCAUAAAGACCCGCACAGUUAAAAGGGCUCCCAAGGACAUCCCUCAGUUUAUUGAGUGGAUAGGUAGUCUAUGGAAUGCUGUGAAACACGAGAAUUUCAUCUUCAGCUUCCGAAACAGCCUCAUAGCAGAAGCCUAUAACCAGCUGUCCAUGAACUAUUCAAAAUGGGAUUGGGGUUUUCGUAGAAACAUGCAUCUCUGGGUAUCUGAACAGGAAACUAUGAUACAGAAUAUUUCUCUUGAAGAAAUUGAUUCUACCACUCUGAAUUGUGAACUUCAGAGGAAUCUAUUUUGUGGGGAACAGCAGGUUUUGGAGAGUCUGAAGGAGUACUUUGAAAGCGGAGCAACAAAUCUGCAUCUAAUAGAAAAGUAUAAAGAAGAUUUUGUUAGGAGCGCCAACAGCCUGAAACAUGAACUUGAAAGUUAUGCUCUUAAUAAAUGUCAGGAAGCCAUUCGAAUUAAAAACAGUCUUUACAGGAUUAAUUCCCUCCAAACUGAAUACUUGAAAAUAAUUGAAGGAAAGGUUGAUGGACUUCUUGAAGAAUGCAGGAAAAAUGAAUGUAGAUUAGAAAAUGAUGAAUUGAAAAAAGAGUUUGAAAGGAUGUGGACAAAAACGUUGUCAGAAAUAUCACCUGUUUCCUUAGAGAAACGGCAAAUAUAUCCACAUAUUGAGUUAUAUUUAAGAAAAGAAUUGGCCCACCGAGGAAGCUCAGUUAACCUCAAAGUACAAGAAGCUAAAUUUCUGCCACACUACAACAUAAAAAACUUUCAAAUGAAACCAGAAUAUAUACAGUCAUCUUUUUUAUCCUGUAUUAGGCACUUUUUUUCCAAAAAGGAGCAUUUGCAUAUAGCAGAAGAGUUUGCUAAAUCCCUGAUGGACAAGUGCAUGUUGUACAUUGAGGAGAAGAUCAAUUCCAGAGUAGAUUAUGAUGAGGCAUAUUGUGGUGAACUACUGCAUAUGAUCAAUAAGGAGCUUCAGCAAGGUGGUCAAAAACUGCAUACAGCUGUUUGCUUUGAAGUGGACCUAAAGCUUCACAUUUUGGGAGAAGCAGCUCAUGCAUUUCAGAACAUGCAUGAAAAAUUUGUUGAAGAAAACAAUCCACAGGUGCGCCUGGAAAAACUGAAGCCUCAGUAUUUCUCCACUUUCAGAUAUCUUUAUCAGGAGAAAGAUGCCCAACAGAUCAGAGCUCAGGAUUUCUGUAUCCAAUGUCUCCAUCCUGCCCUAGUAGAUUACAUCAAGAAAAGACUUGGGAUAGAAAUAGUGGAUGAUAUUCUCAGCAGUGGACAGUCUAUUGGAUAUGCCAGUCGGAACUUCUUCCAGUUUACUAUUCUGAAGGAGUUGUUGGAAGACAUGAAUUUCAACAACUUUGUGACUUACAUUAUGUCCUAUGAAGAAUUUGUCAAGAGCUGGAUCUGGAGGCAAAUCUUGGAUCAUUAUGCCGAAAAUGACCACCUGGAGAACCUGGAGGAUGAGAUUCUUUCUGAAAUAUUAAUGAAAGUUAGGGAAACUCUGGACAACCUGAAGCACAAAGGUGUUGACACUAUCUCAGAAUUCUUGGACAGUUUUUGCAGAGAAAUGCAGAAGGAGCUGGUUAUUUCGAAUGACAGUCUACUAGGGAUUCAGUUUAAGAACAUGUCCGAUCCUGGCCAAUUUUCUGUUUGUGUUAAAACCCUUCUUCCUGAUUUGAAAAAAGAAAUACUCUCUGCAUUUGACAGGUUGGAUUUUGAAUCCAAGCUCUCUGAACUGCCUAUGAAGCCCAUGGAUAUGAUCUUCAAGCGAGUGUUUGGCUGUGGGAAGCAGUGCCCCUUUUGCAAAGUCCCCUGUGAAGCUGGAGGGAGUGCUCACAAGGAGCACUUUGCAACAGUUCAUCGACCUCAAGGACUGGGGAGAUACAGAUCGGAUAAAACAAAGGAGCUUUCUUGUUCUUUGUGCUCCUCUGAUGUGGUUUCUAACAAAAGAUUCAGAAAUGGAGACACCAGAUAUAAAUGGCAUCCAUACAAGGAUUACCGUGUCUAUUAUCCAGACUGGUGCAUCCAACCAGAUCCCAGCAUCAAUGCUUCUGAUUACUGGAAGUUCAUUUUAAAAGAGUUCAAUCAUGAUUUUGCCAGAGAAUAUCUUGCUAAUCCAGCAGAUCUGCCAGAAGACUGGGAAGAUAUAACUCAGGAAAAAGCACUGGAGGCCUUAAAAGAAACCUAUAAUAUGAAUUAAUUUGAGAGUGUCUGCCUUACAGUAAAUAUGUGAUGCUGAAGUAAUGUUUGAUAUUUAUGGAAUACUUCCAUAAUUUUUCUCUUUAAAAUCCCAGAUGUUACAUUACAACAUUAGUAAAACCACCAAGUAUUCCCCUACCUCAGUGUUUUAAAUGAUAAACAAAUACUCAGAAUUAGUGGUUUGGGUGUCCUUUGGAGUUAGCAAAAGGGGAACAUGAACCUUCACCUUGCAAGUCAAAGAUGAGUAACCCGAAGUAUGCAACUCUGAUGGAUAACACAGAGAAGCUCCUUUUGAAAUUCCUUUGAUUCAUUUCAAAGAAUCCAGUCUUGUGAUAGAUACAGAGUCCUCUUUGCUUCAUCUCGUUUUCCAUCUGAAUGUUUGGAUUGUGUUGUGCCUUAACUUCCAGCCAUUUAUGAAGGAAACCUUUCAGUCACCCUAAUGAUCUAUGUCUGUCCUUUUGGCCUCCACUUCAUGUGAAAGUUUUCUUCUCUCUCUCCUUCUUUUCUCUCACUCUGGGAUGUUUCUUGUCUCCAUGAUUAGGAAGGGGGACAUCCCAGGAUUGUGUCCUUCCUGAUAUCCUCCUCAGACAUCCUGACACCUUCCCUACCGUCCCCCUCCCCUGGCAUGGCUGGGGGGACUGUUCUCCAAAUGACCCUCUAUACAAGUUUCAUAGGAACAUAGGAAGCUGCCAUAUACUGAGUCAGACCAUUGAUCUAUCUAGCUCAGUAUUGUCUUCACAGACUGGCAGCGGCUUCUCCAAGGUGGCAGGCAGGAAUCUCUCUCAGCCCUAUCUUGGAUGUAACCCCGGAUUACCUGGUGUGCCUUGAAAUCCCCCACCCCCGAGUUACAGUACUACCUGCAUACUUCAUAACCUUGUGGGUUUCCAAAUCAUUGUGUGUAAAUCUUUGUAGAUAUAUGAUGUACAAACAACCACUUUGUAUAUAACUGUGCUUUGGCAACGUACUGUUUGCUUUGGUAGUUUGUUGGUUCAAUAAAAAAAUCUUGUCCUAUUAAAAAUAAAAUAAAAUCUUGUCCUAUCUUGGAGAAGCCAGGGAGGGAAUUUGAAACCUUCUGCUCUUCCCAGAGUGGCUUCAUCCCCUGAGGGGACUAUCUUACAGGGCUCACACUUCUAGUCUCCCUUUCAUAUGCAACCAGGGCAGACCCUGCUUAGCUAUGGGGACAAGUCAUGCUUGCUACCACAAGACCAGCUCUCCUCUCCUUGAAGUUUCCUUCUUCAAAUACUUGCUUUGAAGCACUCCAAGUACUUGUUUAGAGGGCCAUUUAGACAACUACCCACCCACCCCCGCCCGCUGCAGAUCAAGGGAUGCGCAGGAGGGCAUUGAGAUGUCUAUGCUUUUGGUGUGUGCACUUCCAAAUUGUGUGGGCAAGAUCAAUAUCAUCCAUACCGGCCUAUGUUCUCUCACUCUCUCGGUCCUUGGUACAAAUAUCUAUGAACAGGAAAGCUAUUUUCUUCUCUGAACAGCAAUCUUUCUCUUCCCUAUUCUGUAUGAAAUGCUGUGAAUUUGGACUUUGAAAAGCAAUUUGCAACAGCAGGCCUGCCCAAACUCAUGGGUGCUCGUAACAGGGUUCUUUAGAUUGUAGUUGCUCUUACAUUCCUUCUUCUUGUUAGUAAAAAGUAUAAUGUAUGUUUGUAACUCUACCUACUAGUGCAUUUAUAAGAAAGCCACUUAGAAGAAUUUUAUUAGUAAACAUUGGCCUUUAGGAAAAUCUCAGUGUACUGUAAAGCUGCUUUUUUGGCUGGAUGCUUUCUGUUUUUCCCCAUAUCCUUUAGGAAUAGUGCAAUAUAUAGGAAAACAGUUGAGUGAACUAAUAGGAUGUUUAAAAGCGUUUUUCUUUCUUUUCUUUUUUUACAAUAUGCCUGAAAAAUAUAAAGCAAUUGUCAGAAUUCAGACUACAGUCUCAUUUUUAUUGCAUGCUAUGUUGUGCAAUGACUUGCCAUUUGUGUUAUGUUAACCAAUAGCUUAAUAAAUUGCUUCUGCUUUUGAAAAAA